UCAUGCACGGGAUAAGAAGCGAAAAUGCCGAGAAACACGUUCAGAUAUACGCAAGCGAACGUGGCCGCUUCACCACCAAUAUCAAGUUCAGUCGGUUCUAGCCAGCAGUCGCUUCGUGAGCGCGAAAGAACAUGCCGUGUUGAAUUUCAAUAGAAGACUGACGGUUCAAGAUGGAUUAAUGCGAAACGAAAGCACCUUUUACGGAGCCGACGUACAACCGGUUUUGAAUCGGUUACCAUAUGUAGUUAUGUGAAAACGUUAUUUGUUUGUUAGGAAAAGAAUGAAACGCCCGUUCUGGUGACGCCAUCCAUCGGCUGUGGCAUGUUUUAAUUGCGAACACAGUUUGCAAUUGGCCGUGGACUUGCACAGACGUCGAGUUCAGAGCAUAACACACCAGUGUCGAUGACGGGAAGUUACAUUAGGUGUUUCAUUUCAUUCGUUUCAAAAUGCAGAGCACAUUACUCUCGAGAGAGCGUUUGUUGAAAUGGUUUGUGGUGUUACUGUUGUAUAGUGCGCAUGCUAACGAUGUUAAGCCAUGCUCCGAGCAGGAGUCAGUGGAUAUUACCAACGGUAUAAUCGAUGCUGAUGGAAGCGUUGAAUUCAGCCGAGUGCGAUACAAUUCUUCACAGUAUUUUCAAGACGGAAACGUACGAAGAGGAUGUAUUUGCCGUGUACGUCAAUGCAUAUACAUUUGCGAAGCGGAAGAAUUGGCGAGCGUUGGAGUGACGGAGCUCUAUGCCAAUGUAUCCGGUGCUUCCGGUGAGAGCAAUCGUAAGAUCAACCUAGCGGCAGAUGAUCGCUUCCACUUGAUUUUAAGAGAACCUCACUGUGAGGGCUAUUGGUUGGUUCUAGAGCAGGAUCUCGUGAGCAUCACUUCGACAGGAGACCUGAACCUGAUUGACUACAUUUUUAACUAUUCACAAUUCUGUAUGCUACCGAUGAACGACAUGGGUGAAUACCAUGCUUCGUACUGUCAACCCGAAAUGAGCGAUUUGCCGCAUCAAAUAUACGCCGUUGGCUUCCUGGUGUCUCUACCCUUUCUUGUGGCCACCUUUGUGGUCUACGCUAUUCUACCGGAGCUACAGAAUGUGGGAGGCAAGUCGCUGAUGUGUUACGUGGCAGCCCUCGCCAUAUCCUAUCUAUUACUAGCCCUGGCCCGAUUGGAUAUCUAUGAGUACCAGUCAAUCAUGUGUAGAGUCACAGCAUAUACAUUAUAUUUUACGUUGAUGGCCAGUUGCUUCUGGCUGAACGUUAUGUCCUUCGAUAUCUACUGGACGCUUGGUGGAAGCCAUGGACGGACGACUGAGCGGAGGAAAUUCCUGUACUACUCUCUGUAUGCUUGGGGCGUUCCGUUAUUACUCCUAGCGUCGAAUCUCCUCUUUGAUCACACGGAGCUUAUCAGCUACCACCUACGCCCGAAUGUUGGCGAGGAAGGAUGUUUCCUGAAGGAGGAAAAGCGAACGCAGUUUCUGUACCUGUACCUGCCCUUACUGAUCCUUAUCAGUGCGAACAUAUUCUUCUUCGCUAUCACCGCUAAACGCAUUUAUCAAAGCGAUCAGACGGAGGCCAGCACGAUUAACGACAAUUCCGGCCAACAAUCGCGACGUGAACAUGAACGUAACAGAUUCGGACUGUAUCUGCGCUUGUUCUUCAUGAUGGGGUUAACCUGGUCGCUAGAAUUAAUAAGUUGGUUAAUGACCGAUCCGAAAACCGCGUCUCCGACAUGGGUGGUUUACCUUCUGGACGCUUGCAACUGUCUUGCGGGCAUAAUAAUCUUUUUCCUUUUCGUCUGGAAGCAAAGAGUAAAGAAUCUGUUGCUACAGCGUUUCGACAGACGGGAAAGGGCCGCCAGGGAUGACUACACGGUGUAUACCUGUGCUCAAACGACAGAUAUAGACACUGCCAAAGACACGAUUCAGAUGGUUGGAGAAUGCGCGAAUCCUGCGGAUGCAUCGUUUCUUGCAAAUGAUAUCGCUACAGUAUUAGAUGUCUUGCACCUUAGAGUCGAUGAGGGAAAAGUAUAUUACGUGUUUCACUUCAUUAUCUUCAACAUGCCGUGUAUAUUACACUCAAGAGUGCGGUUGUUGAAAUGGUUUGUGGUGUUACUGUUGUAUAGUGCGCAUGCUGACGAUGCUCAGUUAUGCUCCGAGCAGGAGUCAGUGGAUAUUACCAACGGUAUAAUCGAUGCUGAUGGAAGCGUUGAAUUCAGCCGAGUGCGAUACAAUUCUUCACAGUAUUUUCAAGACGGAAACGUACGAAGAGGAUGUAUUUGCCUUGUACGUCAAUGCAUAUACAUUUGCGAAGCAGAAGAAUUGGCGAGCGUUGGGGUGACGGAGCUCUAUGCCAAUGUAUCCGGUGCUUCCGGUGAGAGCAAUCGUAAGAUCAACCUAGCGGCAGAUGAUCGCUUCCAUUUGAUUUUAAGAGAACCUCACUGUGAGGGCUAUUGGUUGGUUCUAGAGCAGGAUCUCGUGAGCAUCACUUCGACAGGAGACCUGAACCUGAUUGACUACAUUUUUAACUAUUCACAAUUCUGUAUGCUACCGAUGAACGACAUGGGUGAAUACCAUGCUUCGUACUGUCAACCCGAAAUGAGCGAUUUGCCGCAUCAAAUAUACGCCGUUGGCUUCCUGGUGUCUCUACCCUUUCUUGUGGCCACCUUUGUGGUCUACGCUAUUCUACCGGAGCUACAGAAUGUGGGAGGCAAGUCGCUGAUGUGUUAUGUGGCAGCGCUUGCCAUUUCCUAUUUGUUACUGGCCCUGGGCCGAUUGGAUAUCUAUGAUUACCAGUCCUUGAUGUGCUACAACACUGCAUAUGCACUGUAUUUUACGUUGAUGGCAGGCUUCUUUUGGUCGAACGUUAUGUCUUUUGACAUUUAUUGGACGCUCGGCAGAAGUCAAGUAAAGACCACUGAGCGCCGAAAGUUUCUAUACUACUCGCUGUAUGCUUGGGGAACGCCCUUGCUACUCUUAUGGUUUGUACUUCUUUUCGAUCACACGAAGCUUAUCAGCUACCACCUACGACCGAAUGUUGGAGAAGAAGGAUGUUUCCUCAAAGAGGAAAAGCUGACACAGUUUCUGUACCUGUACCUCCCAUUACUUCUACUGAUCAGUACGAAUAUAUUCUUCUACGUUGUCACUGCCAUCCGUUUUUCACGAAGCGUCCAGACAAAAGGUUUAAUGAUGAACAACAAUGCGGAACACCACUCGAAGCACGAAAAUGAUCGCAUCAGAUUUGGUCUGUAUCUGCGCUUGUUCUUCAUCAUGGGUGUAACCUGGUCACUAGAAAUAGUUAGCUGGCUACUGACUGAACCGAAUGCACCGCAUUCAUCGUGGGUAGUAUACGUUCUGGAUGCUUCCAACUGUCUUGUGGGCAUAAUUAUCUUUUUCCUGUUCGUCUGCAAUCAAAGAGUAACUAAGUUGUUGCUUCUGCGAUUCAAAUUCAUCAGAAUGGAAAAUACCACUCUAGAUGUCUCCUGUGUACACACCAUCGCUAAAUCGACCUAUGUCCUACCAAUCCCUUGCAAAAGUAUGAUCAAUGUUAUGAAGUCUCCCGAAUUUGUGUAAGCUGCAGCAUUCAAUCUCCAGAAUUAAUCCCAGCCCAAGUGAUUUAUUGGAUCAUUAUCACACAUGAACUACAUUUAUGUCCAAGUGAAAAUGAAAUUAGUUUGUAAUGGUUUUAUUUUCAAAACCAACAGAUUCGUUACAACAGAUGACACAAUCAUACAUAAAUUUACU